AUGUUUCUCAAUUCAUCAAGUUCAACAACUAUAUUUUUACCUUCAUUCACUUUUCCUCCAUCAACCAGAGUUCCUGCUCUUGUUUUUUCAACCCUUACAUACCUCAUGAUCAUGUGUUGUAAUUUGAUGAUUGUUGUGACUAUUGCUCUCAACCAUAACCUGCACAAGCCUAUGUAUCUGUUACUUCUUAAUUUACCUGUUUGUGACAUGAUAGGAGCAACUGCAUUUUUCCCCCAGAUGAUUUCCAGUAUGCUGUAUCAGCCAAGAGUUAUAUCAUAUUGGGCAUGUGUAGUGCAGGCAUUACUUACACACACAUAUGGGGGUGGAUCUCUUCUCAUCUUGACAGCCAUGGCUUUUGACCGUUAUAUUGCUAUCUGCUCCCCUCUGUCAUAUAAUACCAUAAUGACCAAUAAUAACUUGAUCAAAAUUAUUAGUGGUAUUUGGCUCACCGAUACAAUUUUAAUAUUUACCCUCAUUGCACUGGCAAUCCGAUUGAAGAUUUGCCAGAACACUAUAAGCGACAUGUACUGCAACAACCCCUCUUUGACAAAACUGGCCUGUGAAGGGACGCAUGUGAACAACUUCUACGGUCUGUUUACUAUAGCCUUUUUGCAGGGCAUAUCAUUGGCUGUAAUUCUGUUUACGUAUUUACAAAUCCUUUUUACUUGUGUUUUUAAGAAACAAGCGGAUGCCAGAAGUAAAGCCAUUCAGACAUGUGGUGCUCAUUUAAUAGUCUUCUUAUUUUUGGAAUUUAAUGCUUUCAUUGCUUUAGUUGCACAUCGUAUUGAAACUGCACCCCUCUUCUUAAGGAGAGCUUUGGGGGUAUCCGUGAUGAUAUUUCCUCCACUAUUGAAUCCAUUGGUAUAUAGCUUUAAUACAAAGGAAAUCAGAAAACAUAUUUUGCAAUUCCUUAAAAGAAAAACAUCACCCUUCUAA